AUGACUGCUGUUACUUUGGAUAAAGUAUACUAUUUAGAUGAAUUAAAAUAUAAACCAGACUUAACAAAGUUUGAAAAGGAAUUUAAGCCAAAGAUCGACACUUACAAAACAAAGAUCAAGGAAAAUAUUCCAAAGGAAGCUACAUUACCAAAAGUUUUGAAAGAUGGUACCGAGUUGCCAGAAGAUUUUGACACCGCUGCAUUUAAAGGCGCCUCGAAAAUUGGUGAAUUAUCAGGAAUCAUGACUCCGAAAGAAUUGAAGAUUGUUAAGUUACCAGGUGUUGAAAUUGUUGAUAAAAUUGCAAAGGGUGAAUUGACUAGUGUUGAAACUAUUACUGCUUUUAUUAAGCAGGCAGCUAUUGCUAUUCAAGUUACCAACUGUGCUAUGGAAUUUUUUCCAGAAGAAGCCUUAGCUAGAGCCAAAGAAUUGGACGAGUACUACGAAAAGACUGGUAAAACUGUUGGUCCAUUGCACGGUUUGCCAUUUUCUCUGAAGGAACAUUAUGCUUAUAAAGGUAAAAAUACUAAUGCUGGCUUUGUUAGUAUGAUUGACAACUUUACUGAAGAAGAUGCUUUAACUACUGAAAUCUUCCGUAAAGCAGGAGCCGUCUUUUAUAUUAGAACCACCCAACCACAAAGUUUGAUGUGUUUAGAUUCCUAUAAUAACUUGGUUGGGCGCUGCAGUAACCCGCAUAACACUGCUUUGAGUCCAGGUGGAUCAACAAGUGGUGAGGCUGCUUUAAUUGCUCUAAAUGGGUCUCCAUUAGGUACCGGUAGUGAUAUCGGUGGUAGUAUUCGUGCACCAGCUGCGUUUUGUAAUAUUUGGGGUUUUAAACCAACUAAUAAAAGGGUCUCAUUGAAAGGUGCAAUUGCUAGUUAUACCGAUAUGUCUAAUGAGUUUGUUCUGUGCUCUGUCGGUCCAUUGGCUAACAACCCAGAAGAUAUCAAAUUGUACAUGUCUACCUUUUUAGAUGCUGAACCAUGGAAAGCAGACAACUAUAUGUUGCGUAUGCCAUGGAGAAAAGAUGUCAAACUUGAUCUUGAAAAUUUAAAGAUUGGUAUUGUUUAUGAUGACAGUGUUGUUAAACCUGCUCCACCAAUGUUGAGAGCUUUGAAGUUGGCUGCUGAAUCCUUGAAAAAGGCAGGGGCCACGGUCCUUGAAUGGGAGGCUUUAGAUGUGCCGGAAGCAAUGGAUAUUGUUAAUACUUGUUAUAAUAUUGACGGUAACCACAACCAUGUCAGUAGAUAUGAGGAAAGUGGAGAACCUUUGAAUCCGUUAAGUGAAAAUCAUUUGAGGUUUGGGCAUGGUUUUGAGCAAUUGUCUAUUUUAGAUGGAUUGAGAUAUGUCCAUAGAAGAGACGAUUUGAGACAAAAAUAUAACGACCGAAUGAAUGAAUUGGGAGUUGACUACAUUUUAACACCAAGUUAUUUUGCACCAGCCGCUAUUCCACACAAAAUUAAAUAUUGGGGCUACACUGCUUUGUACAACAUUUUGGACUUACCAGGUGUCACUUUUCCAACUGGUUUGGUUACUGAUGCCAAGAUUGAUACUAAAGAUGUUGAAUAUAAACCACGUAAUGAUUUGGAGGCUUAUGAAUAUCCUUUGUAUGAUGAAAAGAUCUAUGAUAGCCAACCUAUUGCCUUGACUUUACAUGGUAGAAGAUAUUAUGAUGAAGAAACUGUUGAAGCUUCCAAAAUCAUUCAGAAAAUUAUUUCAGAAGCAGCUAGUUCUGCUUAA